CUUUUGCAGGGCAUUGGCAAUUUGGCAUCAUUUUACGGCAUUGCGUGCAUACUCCGUAGCUUGCUGACCGGCUGUCCGGCUGUGCCUGUGCUGAGCAUUGCAGACUGCCCACGCACCCGCACCCGCACCUGCACCUGCACACUGCACACUGCACACUGCUGUGCUGAGCUGUCAACAGCAGCCAGCCAAGGCCCAAAGCACACCGCAAUCUAUAUCGACCAUGGUCCGCAUAUCACUGCCCAACCGCCUGAAAUCCUUCAACGGCGGAGGCAGCAACAGCGCGAACCAUUCCCGCAGCACGAGUCCCAAUCCAAACGGCAGUAUGAAGAAGAGCUCUGGCGGCGCGGACACCAGCCCGGAGAAGGCGAGCGGGUUGGUGCUGAAGGUUGUCGUGCUCAAGGCUCGCAACCUCGCGGCAAAGGAUAAGAGUGGCACGUCUGAUCCAUACUGCGUCCUCACCCUCGGCGAAUCGAAGAGCGCGACACACUCGGUCCCCAAGACAUUGAAUCCGGAAUGGAACGUCACGGUGCAGAUGCCGGUGGCUGGCGUCAACAGCCUGCUCCUCGAUUGCGUGUGCUGGGACAAGGAUCGAUUUGGGAAGGACUACUUGGGCGAAUUUGAUCUGGCUCUCGAGGAUAUCUUUGCGAAUGACUUGACGGAGCAAUCACCGACCUGGUAUUCGUUGAAGAGCAAGCGACCUGGUGGGAAGAAGAGCAGCAAUGUUUCGGGCGAGGUGCAAAUGCAAUUUACCUUGUUCGAUUGCACGAACCAUGGGGCGACACCGGCAGAAGUUUUGGCCAAAUUCAGGGCUUUGGCUGGUGUAGUGGAUCUUCCAGAUGUCGUGACGCCUACAAAGCAGCACAGCCAAACGACACCUAGUGGAGAGGAAGAAGAUGAAUAUUUUGACGAGGAUGAGGAGCCCAGUGACGAGACGGACGAUCCGACGAAACCAGAGAAUGCCGAGAAGAGAAAGCGAAAGUUGAGGCUCCGAGGCUUAAGGAAGAAGAAACAAUUGACUGCAUACGAGUUCAGUGGCGGCAGUGAGGUUGUGGGGAUCGUGUUCCUGGAGAUUGGCAACAUCAAAGACCUUCCCCCCGAGAAGAACCUCACCAGGACCACAUUUGACAUGGAUCCGUUUGUUGUGGCCUCCUUGGGGAAGAAGACUUAUCGAACUCGCGUUAUUCGACACAAUCUCAAUCCAGUGUACAACGAGAAGAUGAUCUUCCAAGUCUUAAGGCACGAACAAACAUACUCUCUGUCUUUCACUGUGAUUGACAGAGAUAAGCUGUCUGGAAACGAUUUUAUUGCUUCAACUGUACUACCACUCAAAGAAAUCACGGAUACAGCUCCCGAAGCAGAUGCAGAAACCGGAUUGUACUCGCUGAAGGAUCCAGACGCGGGUGCUUUCCCAGCUCCCAAUCGAUCACGAUUUAAGCUACCAAUGUCUCGCUCGUCCUCGUCCCAGAGCCUGAAUAGACUGGCUCGUCCCGGCUUGCAGAAGACCCUUUCGAAUCCACAAAUUCAACAAAUCCCGAGUCAGUCAGGGACCACUACGCCCGUGCAGACUCCAGGCCCAACAAGCAAUCCCGCUGCUGGUAUGCUGCAGCCAACCGACAUCCCAACUCUCAAUACAGAUAGUACCGAAAAUAGCCAGGGAGAUCCAGAUCUGCACCCUUUCACUAUCCCAUUAAAGUUAAAGAACGCAGACAAAUGGGAAGACAAGCACAACCCAGAGCUCUUCAUCAAGGCCAAAUACGUUCCAUACCCUGCACUUCGUCAGCAAUUCUGGAAAGCAAUGUUGAAGCAAUAUGACACUGAUGAGAGUUGUCGAAUCAGCAAGGUCGAACUCACCACCAUGCUUGAUACUCUCGGGUCCACGUUGAAGGAAUCUACGAUCGACUCUUUUUUCAAACGAUUCUCGCACCAGCUUGAGAAUGGAAUCGAAACCAUCCAAGAUCUCAGCUUCGAUGAGGCUAUCAUUUGCCUAGAGGAGCAGCUUAUUGAGAAGUCGAAGCCACAAUCGAUGGGUGAUAGAAUGAGAAACCUGAUGCCAGAUUCUGAUAGAAUGAAGGCUCAUAUUCCUCAUCAACUUGGCGGCACUUCUGGGCAACCAUCUUCAUCGGCUGCCUCCGCCACUACAGGGACGACAUCUGAUAAUGCCACUCUGGUCGACCAGUCUCAGCUUGGAGUUGAAGCUCAGCAAGUUGACGAACUCAGUACCCCUGGUGAGGAAGGUGAUCUUUUGGACCGCAGCGACGAUCUGAACGAUCAUACCGAAGAGCAUGUCGUCGAGAUCAGAGAAUGCCCCAUCUGUCAUCAACCACGCUUGAACAAGCGUUCUGACGCUGACAUCAUCACCCACAUCGCCACAUGUGCAAGCCAGGACUGGCGCCAAGUCAACAAUAUUGUCAUGGCCGGUUUCGUAACAUCUAGUCAAGCUCAACGAAAAUGGUACUCCAAAGUCAUCACCAAGAUCUCUUACGGUGGCUACAAGCUCGGGGCCAACUCAGCCAACAUCUUGGUCCAAGAUCGCAUCACGGGACAAAUCAACGAAGAGCGCAUGAGCGUGUACGUGAGGUUAGGAAUCAGACUACUAUAUAAAGGCUUAAAAUCUAAGGAGAUGGAGAAGAAGAGAAUCCGCAAGCUCCUCCGGGGCCUCUCCUUCAAACAAGGCGUCAAAUACGACGACCCGGCCUCCAAAGCCGAGAUCCAGAAAUUCAUAAACUUCCACCAGCUCGACAUGUCUGAAGUCCUGCUGCCCAUGGACCAGUUCAAGAAUUUCAACGAGUUCUUCUACCGACAGCUGAAGCCGGACGCGAGACCGUGCUCGGCGCCCGAUAACCCGAAAAUCAUUGUCUCGCCUGCGGACUGCAGAUCAGUGGUCUUCAACCGCAUGGACGAGGCGACCAAGAUCUGGGUCAAAGGGAGAGAAUUCUCGAUCGAGAGACUCCUCGGCACCGCGUACCCAGACGAUGCUCAUCGCUACAAGAACGGCGGCUUGGGUAUCUUCCGUCUUGCGCCGCAGGAUUACCACCGUUUCCAUAUCCCAGUCGAUGGUGUGAUGGGUACACCGAAGAUAAUUGAAGGUGAGUAUUACACGGUUAACCCGAUGGCGAUUAGAAGUGCGCUCGAUGUCUAUGGUGAGAACGUAAGAGUUGUGAUCCCAAUUGAUUCGCUGGAGCAUGGACGCGUGAUGGUCAUUUGCGUUGGCGCUAUGAUGGUGGGAAGCACUGUCAUCACGAGGAAGGCAGGCGAGAACGUCAAGCGUGCUGAGGAAUUGGGGUAUUUCAAAUUUGGAGGGAGCACGAUCCUGCUUCUGUUUGAGGAAGGGAGUAUGAAGUUUGAUGAUGAUUUGGUGGAUAAUUCGAAUGGGGCUCUCGAGACUUUGCUACGAGUCGGCAUGUCCAUCGGCCAUCACCCAGGCCAAAGCCAACACACGCCCGACAUGCGCAAGAAAGAUGAGGAUAUCACUGAGUCCGAGAAGGCGGAGGCGAAACGCCGGAUCGAGGGCAGCAUUACGCCGAGAAAUGAGGGGGAGGGGGGAGGGGGCUUGCCAACUGCUGCUACGAUGGCUGGAUAGUUACUUUCCCUUAACUUUACUUUCAUUCUUGGGGAUUGGCUUGAGA